GGGAAAAACCCUUGAGAUAACUGUGGGAUCAAGAGCACAAUUAUCUGUCUGUAUCUCUCUCCCUCUUUCGCUCGCUCUCUCUCUCUCUCCCUCUCUCCGUCUUCGUGGCUGUUAAUCGCUGGAGGAUUUGUCGGAGUUUCUCUGAGCGUCUCCGCAUCUGUGAGUACUACUACCUGAGUUUACUUACUUACUGCUGGAGCUGCUGUGUGCCGCGCCGGGUCAGGAGGAGUGCAGAGCCCCGCUGGGAUCUGCAGCAGAAAAGAGAGACGGGAGAAAGUUAAUCUGAAGGGAACUUGACUAAAAAUGUGCUUAUUUUGUCGGCAAAUCGUCUUAUUAUUAUUAUCGAUAUGAGCUGGUGUGGGUUUGAUUUAGUGCUACUUCAUAAAAACGUGUUUGAUGUUGAAUAAAAUGCCGAAAAAACGAGGAGACCAACUCGGGUUUCAUUCAUGAAUAAAUUGUCAACUGCAGCAGAUAUUUCGUUAAAAAUAGUCACACAGUUUUGUUAGGCUUUUCUUUAGGUGAGGACUUGAAAAAGAGGCAAUUUUACGUUUUUAAAGUUUAAUUUAAGAGCAAAUUAAUGUCAUUUUUUAACGUUUAGUUAUUUAUUUUUUGAGUCACUUUUCCCUAAUUAAGUGUUGUUUUGUUCUUGUACUUUUUGUCACAAUAUAAAUUUAAUUUUAAAACUAUCAUACCAUAAAGAUAAACAAAUAGACUUCACUAAUUUGAGGAUACUUGACGUUUUAAUGAUCAGUCAGUUUUAGUCACGUGAUUUCUCAACUUUCCUCCAGGGUAGUCAAAAUUGUCGCCCUGAUAAAUUCUGCUUUAUUAUAAAAACAGAUGUAAACUUUGAAUCUACUCCAUUUUUGUUGUUGUGAGGCACUUGUGGUGUUGUAUUGAGUAUUUUUAUCUUGUACUUUUUUUUUUUGCUUUUUGUUUCACUGAGGAAGUGUAAUUCAGUGACACUGGUACAGUACCUUUUGUGAAUGAGGUCUGCAGUGUGUGUGUCCUUCACAGUGACGAGCUUCUGGGAUUGUGUGUGUGUGAGUGUGAGUGUGUGUUAAAGUGAAGAUGUUGCUGGCUCUUUGUCGCAGUGUUAUCAGGAUCCGAGCCGGGCUUGAACGCUCCAGAAGGCACAUGCUGAUGUUGCACGCUGUGAUAAUGGCCUCUUAAUGCCAACAUAAAUAACCAAAUCGAAAACAUUUCUCUGCUUCAAACAACAGAUUCUUUUUCACGGUUAUUUCAUGGUGUCUGACUGUUUUACUACAAAUUACCUCAUUUGGAUGCGUCCUGCUCUGAUAGUGGGACGGCUUUCUGUUGACCCUGCAGAUGUUACACCCUAAAACGAUGAGUGCAUCAGUAGUUUUGUGAAUCUUUGCAUGUUGAGAAGUCACAUUGAAACUUUGCUUGGUAACUCAUGUAGGGUGUCUUGGCUUUUUACUGCAGUUAAUGCGGAAUAAAGCGUCUGUAUGUCCUUGACUGGAUAAUGUGGAAGUCCGCCAUUAUAUUAGACUUGUCCCCAAUGGUUUCAAGCACUUACACGCCCUUCUUUAUGUCCUGGUAUAUUGGAGAUAUUUCACUUUUGCCCAGUUUGCAGACUGGUGAGUUGAAAUAUCUGUAAUGUCCCGUUUGGGGAUAGUGAGGCCUCUAAAUUUGUGACAUCUUUGUUCUUUUUCUGUCAAACUUAAAAUGACUCCAAACUCCUUUUAAAUUUCGAAGCUUUCUCCCCCUUUUCUCUUUAAUUGAUAGCUUAGAACCCCUAUCUAACAAAGAGUCUACCAGCAGGGCUAUAAAGCUGCCGUUUUAAGUCUGGAACCGCUCCACUCAUUUGUCAUUACAUCCUCACUAAUGGGGAGAAACUACCUCAUCUUCAGCUCCCAUUGUUGUUAAUUAACCCCUCCUGCUAACACACACAGUCAACACCACUAAAAAACAGCGUUAUCAUUGCUCCGCUCGCCGUGAGAACUAGCAUUAGCCCGGGCCAUAUUUCUGCAGGUGUCAGCGGAGGUGCUUCCUCUCCCUGCCGUUGUGCUUUUCAGAGUAUUACUCAAACAGCAAUGCGGUUUUAUCUCAAAUUGAAUUGUUGAGGGAGAUGUUAAAGAGCCAUACAUCACCUGGACACUGGGAGCAGAGAGGGAGAAUCUGCAGCGGUGCAGGAGCGGAGAGGGGGGAGAUGGGAACGGCUCAAUGGCAUUACAGGUGGAACGAGAGCUAUGAUGAAGGCUGCGUUCAUAAAUCCACAGCAGAGCAAAUCAAGCUGUCAGCUUGUAAUGCCAUUUAGUGCGUGAGCGUGUGUGUGUGUUUGGUGUGUAAAAUUUUGCGGCGCUGUUGAGGAUGAGCGUUUUAUUUUAGCUUUAAGGAGGUGACCUUCCUCCUUCCUUUUCUCCACCUCAGUUGUGCUUCAUCAGAAAUCCGCCUCUACCUACAUGCACUCCGCAGGUCGAUCAGAUCAAUCCCCUCAUGCUCACCUUUUAUCCACUGACCACCAAAAGGACGCCAACACAUCACACAACCCUUUCAUCCCAAAAAGCCUUCCUAAUUUAGAGUCGGUCCCUUUCUCCGAGGGAACGGUGCCUCAGGUUCGCUCUGUCAGGUCGUAUUGGGUUUCCUCUGUGCUCACUCUUGGCCUCGGGCUAAUGCCUUGCUCCAUGUAUGGAUUUUCUGUCCUGUAUUUCCUCGGCCUGUCCUGGUGUGAUGGGUUGUUCAGAUCUAACCCUGCAGAAUGCCACUGAUUGCGGUGCUAGAUCUUCAUCUUUAUGUCCGAGUAUCGCACAGAGCUCUGCCAACUAUCCGCCGAUGUUUGCCUCAGGAUGGAUUUGGGGAAUUUGCAACAAGGGCAUGUGUUGCAGUUUUGCAGGUUUAUGACUUACAGUUUAUUUGAUUCCCAUUUGUGCUGGCUCUGAAGACAAGUGUGCUGUAGCUCAGCCCGUGAGUGUGGUGUUUAAGUGUGUUUUACAAUAUUUAUCGCUGCAUUGUUCUGCUUUUCAGCCCGGACUUAAAAUAUUGUUGUACUUUGGCUCAGCAUACCUUUCUUCUUAUUAAUAAAUCCAGCCGGGGUUUUAUUUUUGGAGCUUCAAAAAGACAAACGGUACGAUGAUAAAAGCUUCCUGAAAACUAGAUGUUGCAAAUGUUGUUUUUCUCCCUUCAGGUGAGGAUGUUGUGGCUGGUUUUGCUCCUGCCUGCCCUCUCCUCGGCUCAGCGAUCAGAGCCCAUGUUCUCAGCCAUAACCAAGACCGUCCUGCCUCCAGACUACGACAACAACCCCACGCAGCUCAACUACGGAGUGGCUGUGACGGACGUGGACGGGGAUGGAGACCUGGAGAUGUUUGUAGCUGGGUGAGAAAGAGAGGAGGCAGCAGGAUGUUGAAAGAGUGUGUUGUAACCCGAGCUUAAUGAAUCCUGAAUCCCUAAUGUCCCCUCGUUCUUCCCCACAGUGCUACAAGUGCUCUAAUGUUUCUUUCAUUAUGGACAAUUAGUGCAAUUAAUUAACUGUCGAGUGAUAUCCAUCUUUAAAUCAGAGGCUAAAAUAAAACGUCCCUGUCAUUUUCCGAGCUAAAGGUUAAAGCCUAAAAGAGGAGUGAUGGUGAGGGUGCCCUGCGGCUCACUCAGCUGAUGAAAAUGGAUGUGAUUGGAUGGAGCGCAUUGAUGGGAACAGUUUGGCAAGCUCGCCUCCGUCCUGUGAGGCAGUAAUAAAUUUCUCAAUGCUUAACAGAAUAUAGAUGGACCCAAAUGACCCCGCUUAAUAAAUGUCAUUUAGCCGAGACAUCCUGUGUGAUCCAAGACAGGGAGGCGUAAAAGACAAUUAAGAGAAGGAGGAAUUUAGAGAUUCAGUGUUUUAGUUUAUAAGAAGUUCACCUUGUUCACUUUAAACUGCGGGACUUUAAAGAAGUUUAUGAAACAGAUCUUUGUCUUUUACUGACCCAUUUCUGUGCCUUUUAACAUUUUAAAUCACAAACAUUGAGAGUAGAAUCUCCUUAAAUUGUAAAAAUAUUGUUUCAUGGUCAUCUAGAGGUGUAAAGUUCAUGGCACAGAGAGGUAAACUCACAGCGGGAGCUUCACAUGCACACACAGUGCCGUUCUGUGUGUUUGCCCCGCCAGCUCACAGUGAUCUUGUCUUGUCCCUCUAACCGUCUGUUACCACUGAGAGAUUUAUACAGAAGAUUUGCUACAAGGUUAGAAUAAAAUGGACUUUUGACUGCAAGGUGUUUCCUUGAAACAUUUGCUGUUGGGUCUGUUAUAAAAACACACCAAGAAUAAAAGACUGAACAAAGUUUAGCCAAAGUAUGAUUUACUAGAAAACCACAACAGAUCCAAAACCACAAGAAUCCACUCUGAAACGCCUCUCACUGCUCAAAUACUCUGCACUGGGUGAGAGACGAUCCUGGUUAUCGAUUUGGGAUUUUACCCAGAUAGAGAAAUGACCUCCUCCAUGCAGAAAUGUUGUAGCCUUAGAUGUAAAACCUUCACUUAUUUAAAAGGAGGAGUAAUCUGUCUCUGUUUCCGGGUUAUUUUAGGCACUGAAUCCUAAAUCUGAAUCCUGAUCUUGUGGCUCUUGCUCUUGAUUCUAGACCACUUUAAAUCUGAUCAGACUUCAUUGUCCUAAAGCGCAGAUUUGCAAAGUGUGAAACACUAAAUAAGUUUUACUUGUGAUUGAUGAAUAUUUAAUCGUUGAAGUUAUAGAGAAACUCAAAGCAGUACUGGGCUGAUGCACUGAAUUAACACUUAAAUUUUUUCAGUUCAAUUUCAACAGAAAGAGAGAUAUAUUUUUCCUCCUGUACUUUUUUUCUCUUUAUUUUCCCAGUUAAACUCAACGACUGACAACAUCAGAGCGUUACAGGUGCUGAAUGCCAAACACAAAACAUGGCUGACCGUGAAAUACUUCCUAAUUCAAGCAAACAAAUUAGACCUGGAGUUCGCCCUUCAUGUUGAUUAAAACGUUUUAUGAGUGACAUAAAUAAACAUCCCUCAUUUUCACUUACUCCAUUCUCCAUGGAGAGAUAACUGCAUUAAUCAUUUUUUUUUUAUAGUUUCCCCAAAUAACUAUUUUGAAUCACCUCAGAGUAAAAGUGACAUGUGUUAACAUCGACAUGCAGAGCAGGAUUAGUAAUAGAUUUAUUUUAAUAAAACUGGGUCGAAUCUGCUUUAAAUUGGGGAAUAUCAAGAACAACGUGCACUUCUAUGGACACUAAUUUUUGUUAUGUCAUGUCAACGAACUUCUUACGAAUGCAGUCGAACAUUAAAAACUCGAACUCAAACUUUGGGACUCUUUCAUGCCGUGAAAGACAAUGAACAAAGAAAACAGGUCAGAGAAAAUGGAAAAUUACAUAUCGCUGUGAGAAUCAGACCUGAACCCAGACUGCUUGACUACAUGGAUGACUUAACAACUAAGCUAAACUGGAGCCCUAGAAACAGCUGCUAGUGUAGCCUCAACUGCUGCUAACCUGACCCAAAGUUAAGGGGAUUGGGAAGCUUGCUUCUUCCAAACUUCAUGCCUGUAAACGUAUGUGGUUUGAGCUGAGCAUUAAGUUUAGGUUUCCUUAAGUUACGUCACCUAAAGCUCCUGUAAGGAACUUUUAGUAGUAGUUGAAUUUGGCGCCCCCUGUUUCUGAUUUUGCCGGUAAAUGUGAAAUUAGUUUUUCUUCUCCAGAAAUCUCAUCCUGCUCUCUUAUUACAGUCGAGAAACUUUGGUGUAGCGACUGCUGUCCUUCAACAAAAAAGGCCGCUGGGGUUUAGGUUCGCUUGCAUCUGUGACUCGGUCAAUUAUCAGUCCAGUUUGAGUGUUAAAAAUGUGAUUUAUUGUUCCAAUAAAAAAAGAAAACACACUGAUCCAGAUCUAAAACUGUUGCCUUCGAAUGAAAAAGUGAUAUGAUGAAAUUAGGUUAUAACAGGAUGAGUGAAACGAUGAAAAACAGUCAACAGAAAAUGAUCAGACCUUACCACAACCACCUGUCUGACUACACCGUUGAGAUUUAAAUAACCCGCCAAACAUCCCAAAACCACACCCCUCAGUGACGAUCCCCGGAAGUGACGUACCUACAAAAAUCAUACUUUGAACAAAUACAUUUUGGCUCCUACAUUUGGUGUGGACAAUUAACCUUUGAGUCUGACACCCUAACAGUGGUUUACCACAUUGAAAACAACUAUAAGAAGCUAGUCACUGGUCUUGCUGACGGUCUUGUUUGCUGUUUUGGGUCAUGAUAAAUACUAAUUUCAGUUUGAUUCACAACCUCCUCACAGGAACUUUAAGUCAUCUAAAGGUGAUAGACUUUCCCUAAAAGUGCUGAUUAUUUCUAUAUGUGUCGUAGUUCCUCCCAAAAACUACAAAAGUCUCCAGAACAGAAUCAGCUCUCCCUUAUUGAGGCUUCAGUAAUCCAGCUGACAGUCUUGUGUAAUGAAGAUGUAACAGCUUGCCUUUGGUGUCUCUUGACAGCUACAACGGCCCGAACCUGGUGCUAAAGUACGACAAGCAGAGGAAAAGGCUUGUCAACAUUGCCGUAGAUAAUCGAAGCUCCCCUUUCUAUGCCUUGAGAGACCGCCAAGGCAACGCCAUCGGAGUGACAGCGUGUGACAUCGAUGGAGACGGUCGGGAGGAGAUUUAUGUGCUCAACACCAAUAACGCUUUCUCUGGUACUGUACCGUGUUUCACACAGACAAAGACACUCUUCACUAUCACACUUCUUUCCUUGUUCAGAGACAAAGCAGGAGGAUCAGUAUGCAGAUAUUAAGUUUAUCUCAUCUGAGUCUUCAUCAGAUAACAGAUCCACUCUGUGCCGCCAUUAAUCAAUCUGAGAGCUCCAGAGCACCCGCUGCCAAAACUCCAACACCUCAGCUCCAUCAUUUCCAGGAAAAUGAUAAAGGUCACUGUCAGUCUAUUGAUGUAAACAAUCACCUGAGGGUCUUGUGCCGCAUCAGGGACUGUUUCGACAUGGUCUGACAUACUUCUCAGGAUGGAGAGCUCAAAUGCUGUUAUCGUGCACUGCUAUGUUUUAAGUUCAAAGGUCAUGUAAUAGCAUACUUUGAAGCUACUGAGUCAUAACAGAAAGUGGCUAAUGCUGAUUUAAAGGGAUAUUUCGGCGAAAAAUUAAGUUAGGGUCAAAAACACAGUAACACUGAGAUGAAUGUUGCCGACCGCUUGCUUCUCUAGUUAUACCAACUUUAGUAACGACCGCAGGAUAGUAAUACACAGGGGUCUGAAGAACCAUACACAAACCUUAACCAAAACGCCACUCUAUAGCCACAAAUAAUGCUCAGAACAGCACCUAACUUCAUCAACAGGACAUAUAGGGUCCCAGUCAUAGUACUAGACACCAAACAUCUUUUUAACUUUGACUAAUUUCUUUAGCAAAGAGACUAAACACAACUCACCUACUCUCUUCCAGCAGCCAUUUGUUUGUAGCGAGACCUCAGACCAGUCCAUUACGGACUACAGCGGGGUGAUGCAGCUCAAGGAAGAACAUUUAUGCUACAAACAAACGGCUGCUGGAAGAGAGUAGGUGAAUUGUGUUUAGUCUCUUUGUGAAAGAAAUCAGGCAACGCUAAAAAGUUCGUUACUAAAGUUGGUAUAACUAGAGAAGGAAGCAGUCGGCAGCAUUAAUCUCUCGAGGGGGUGUCUAACUCUGUGUUAUGGUGUGUUUGAGCCUAAAUUAAUUUUACGCCAGAAUAUCCCUUUAACUGUUUAAGUUUUAGAAAAAAAAAGAAAUGACGGCUGUUAUUUCUCUAGCUAACAGCGAUGAUGUCCAGGAAGUGGUUUAACAAUAGCUCUAAUUGUUUUUUAAGGUAGCUAAUGAGUCAUGAAACAUGUUGCUCUAGCCAAAAAAUUAGGAGCUAUUUCCCUGGAUGUCAUUAUUCAUGAUCUGUUCAGAUGCUGAUAAAUCAAAUUCAAGGCUCACAGGCUCAUGUUUGAGGGGGAAAUAAUGAUUUUUGAAAGCUCAUUAGUUCCUGUCAGACAGCAGCAAAUGUAAACGUUUAACCACUUCCUAACUUUACCAGCUACAAAGAAAUGACUGAUGUGUUUCGACAACAACUCAGCUCUACCAAGGAGAAGAGAGAGAGUGUGAGACCUGUGAGCGAAAGAGAGAGUGCUGCAGACACUAUCAAUCAUAGAGCCUCAUUUAUAUAUCACCUUCAUACAAAUCAAAUGCAAUUUAAAGUGAUACACAAAGUGAUUGGAAUAAAAAACACAAAACAAGGUAAAGGGAAAUUGAUGCAGAUCAAUAACAGUGACAUUCAUGUUGUCAAAAAAAUAAAUAAAGCGAAGUUAAUAAGUUAAAGCAUCAAACAUAAAGGUAUAAAUAGUUGAAUUUCUAUGUAAAUAAUGAAUUUAAUUAAUGGUAAACUAACUUAAGGAAAGAAUAUUAAUUUAAAGCUGGUAUCAGUUUUUUUGCCUGCCUAAUUGUUCAUAUUUUUAGUCACCAUUUAAUUUUAAUUAAUUAGUCAAAGGUAAUAGGACUAAAUUGACCAAGGCAUUUUCACCUGCUGCCCAUCCCUAUGUACCUGACGACUGAGAGUGGGAGCGCAAAAGUUUUUUGACUCCAAAGAGCAGAAAAGCCGAUAUAGUUACCUUUAAUUUACUUUAAUCCGUUAAUAGACAUGCAUAAAUCCUUUAUUUUUCUUGGAAAUAAACCUUGGAAGCGACGCUGGAUCUGCAGCUGCUUCGAAGCUGCUUUGAACUUGAAGCCACUACAUUCUAAAAAAAGACAAAAAGUGAUAAAAAUUUGGAAUUUGAGCCAAAAGUCUAAUUUUAAAAAGUUACCCACUGUAGCUUUAACUGUUUUUAAAAGAGUUAAGGAGGGGGCGACUGUGUUGUUCAAAGUUUAGAGUGGGGAUAUUCACUGUUAUUUAGCAGUCAGACUCUAUGUUGAGAUGCUCCCUUGCUCACCCCCUCCCCCCUCUUAUGAGGACAAAAAGCCCCUGAGAUAUGAGCUCUUGACAAGUUUUUGCUUUAAAAAAAAAUCUAUAAUUGCUUCUAAAUGCUGCAUCAGGCAUCAGUUCAGCCAUUCCAAACACAAAAACACAUAUGUUACUCGUUUGUCUGCUCCAGGCUACCAUAGACAUAUAGUGGUACACAAUGUGGAGUGUGGAACCCUUUAGGUGAUUACACAUGAAGUCCUUUGCAUUUUACUUGAGAAAAACAGCCUCCAUGUAAAAAUGUAGACACAGGUCAUGGCUCUUCACUUCCCUUUUCUAAACUCUGCGUCUGUUCUUAUCAAGGUCGGGCAACGUACUCCGACAAGCUGUUUAAGUUCCGUAAUGGACGCUUUGAAGAUCUGCUGAACGACGAUAUAAACGAACACAGAGAUGUAGCCAACCGAAUGGCUGGGCGCUCAGUGGCCUGUGUGGACAGAAAGGUACUAAACACACACACACACACACACACACACACACACAAACACACUUAUCCACACGGACUUAAGGCAGAUCCACUGUGACACACACACACACAAACUCCCUCGAGUGUCUUCUGUGUACAUGCAUGGGUGCUUCUGUUUGUUUACCAGUGAUAACUCAUGCCCUGCCUACGCCGCCCUUCUCAGCAUGUGCUAUGACAGUUCAUUUGGGGGAAUGGUGUGCCAUUUUCUCUCUUCUGUCCAUCGCACCAGUGUAAUUACAGAAGCCAGGGCUCGUUUGUUUUAUAGAACAUCGUACGAGGGGAGGAGUGAUGACUGCACACUCCUGCUUUCUGCCCGUAGCAUUUUCUCUCCCUCUCUCAGUCACUCUCCCAUUGUUUUCCACCCUCUUUCCACCUCCUUUACGCCCUUUUUUUUUACUCUGUGACGGACACACUCGCACUCUUUCUUUGUCUCUUAUCUCACACACAAGCAUACUGCGCUUACUUCCAAUCAAGUGCGGGGAUAAAGGAAGUAAUAGUGGAAAGAAGACAGUAGGGAUUACAAUAGAUUUUUUCUGAAAACCACAGUCCCAUCUCAGUGAGCACUGAUAGGUUGUGCAGCAGCCAAACCGAUUGGAAAGAUAUCUGCUUUUAAUGGCAUAAUGCUUUUAGAGGAAGCCAGCGGGAGCUCUUCCAUGCCAGUUCCAGCAGACUGACAGAGACGGAGAGGAAGAGCGAAUGCGUUUUCCUUUUGCUGAUCAGGCUUAUUUAGAAUAAAUUUGUAAGCACAACAGAAGGUUAAACAAGCCAAAUUCAAAGCCUGUCGUGAAGUAAGACAGGUAGCCGGAGUGUUUGGUAUCUUUUACUCAUAAAUAAAGUGUUAUCAUUCAGGAAAAAAGAGGGAUAAUUAGUCAUCCAAGUGCUUCAUCCCUCCCAGUCUCCUUGAGAGUGACAUGCAAUCAUUAGUCUUUUAUAAACUGAUGAAGGUGACGUAUUGAGGGAUCUCACAUCAAACUGAUGGAGGGUUUCACUCCGCACUCUCUGACUUGGCGAAAGCUCGGAAAACAGGUUGAUUUGAAAAAAAAGGCUACAACACCUGCAAUGAAACACAAUAUUUAGACGGGGAAGUUAAAAAGCUGCAUCAUUCAGGUAUCUCUCUGUGUGUGUGUGAGAGGCUCGCAGGACGCUCCCCCUCUCCUCCCACAUACAAUCUGCAGGCAUGCAUGACACACUAUUCACAAUGCCAAUUUCAGUGACAGAAAUUAGCCUUGGGCGAAGACUUAUUGAAAAAUCGUUGACUUUUAAGUUUGUUAAGUAACCGCCAGUGGCCUUCAGGUCUUUUAUUGUAGUUCAUUCCCAUUUUCUCAAGCUGUGUGUGUGUGUGUGUUUGUGUGUUUGUGUGUAACUCCAUCCUACUCCCUCCACCUUACUACACCACAACGUGACGCUUCAUGACAUUUACAUCAACUAGACUCAUUAAGUUUCCUUGUCUUGUGAGAACACAGUAAAGCCAACUAAAAUGGUAGAUUGGCGUGUAUGUGUGUGUUCGUUUGCAUAUGUUCAUGUGUUUGUAUUGAUUGAAAUAUGUUAGGCCUGGUGGGAAAGCUCAUUGGAAUCGAGUAUGUAGUCUAUUAGUGUGGUUCCGUCUGUGAGUUUGUGUCUGCAGGGACUCUGACUGAUAAUGGAGUGUGAAAUUAAUCUCCAAAGGGAGGCGGAGGAAGGAAUACAGAGGGAGGCUGAGAGAGAGGGAGUCGGGAUAGGAGACAGGGAAAAGGCGGAGAUAAGGGGAGAGGAAAGUGUUUUAUUGGAGGAAGGUGAAAGUGCAAAAUAUUCACAAAGACACCGACAGAAUAAAGAUUUGGAUAAAAGAAUGAGCGAGUGUUAAGAAGAACUUGAAUAUAUUACAAUGAUUUUUUCUUCUUUUGCAAAAAUGAGUAAAACUAGGAAACGCUUCGUGCUCAGAAAAUGAUGAACAGAACAACAACAAUCACGCUAAGCCAUAACAUACAAUAAUCCCCCUGGUGGCUGGCUGCAGUAUAGGUCUCACCUUUAAUGUGUGGUGUAUUAAGCGGAUGUAGAUUAUUAUAAUUUGUUUUAAAUACAAAGUCAUGAAAGUACUUUACUUAUCUAUAAGAAUAAGGAAGCUUGGUGUGGGUACUUAUUAUGGAGACCAAAAUCAGCUUAGAGAAAGUAAAAACUAAACCUGGGGCUGUCAGGUAACUUAAUGUAAUUUUGGUAACACUUUAUAUGUAUAAUACGUUAUAAUCACAUUAUAGCACUGUAUAACUAUAGUUAUAAACACUUAUAAAUUAUCUUAAUGCUUUAUAGCAACAAUCAUAACACGUUAACAACUCACAGAUUAUAACACAUUAUAAUACCUGACCUUGUAAGUCAUGAUAAAAUGCUUUAUAACAUGUUGUUAUUAUUGCUAUAGAGUAUUAUGAUCUAUUAUGAGUGUUUAUAACUAUAGUUAUUCAGUGCUAUACGGUGAUUAUAAUGCAUUAACAUUUAUUUAUAAUUCAUAUAAAUAAAGUGUUACUGUAUUUUUUUGUUUGCUUAUAGCUUUAUCAACUUAUACAGUGAUGAUGUAUUUAAAAAACUAUGGAUCCUAUUUGUUGUUUUGAUGUUUUUUUGUUCACAAGGCUUUUAGAGAGAGCCGAACAUCUGUGGGUCUGCUCCUUGUUUCAUGAUGAGAAUGAUUUAAUGUUUUAUGGGUUAAAUGAUGUUUGAUCAGCCUGAACUAUCUGCAUGUGAUGACUCUAUUAUUAUAUAUAAAAUAAAUAUGAAGAUGAAUAUUAACAGUCUGUAAAUAUGUUUUUUUAAGGGUACAGGCCGAUAUGCUAUCUACAUCGCCAACUACGCCAGUGGAAACGUGGGCCCUCAUGCUCUCAUAGAAAUGGACGAAGCGGCGAGCGACCUCUCACAGGGCGUCAUCGCCCUCUCCAAUGUGGCGGAACAGGCCGGAGUCAACAAGUUCACAGGUAGACGUUAAGAAAUGUAUGACUGUGUGUGCCUCAGUGUGUAUGUGUGACGUAGACCUUCGCUCUCCUGGACCUUCAGUGUGAUUUACACAGACAUCUGCAGAGGAACAUGUGCUCUCUGUAGACAUAAACUGAAAUAUAGGAGCUCAGCGCACGCAGAGGUGAGUUAGGCAGAGUUGGAGGUUUGCCAGGUAAAAAAAGAGAACAUGAUGGGUGUAGGGGAGAAAAAGAGAGAAAAGUCUAUGUGAGCUGUUUGGCCAUGUCAGCUGUUUACUCCUGUCAAAGUCACAGAGAGGCUGAGAAGAAGGACAACGCACACAUACAUCAGAGCGGCUCAGCGGCCCAGAGAUGGCAUUUAUCACAGGCUGGUGUGUUUCCCUCAGACGACUGGAGGUGCGAACACAAAUACAUGGACACCACAACUGUACAGUGUCAGCCUGCCAAAGCCAGAGCCCAGAGAUCCAGAGAGGUUGAUGUCUUUUUUUGUUGGAAGUCCCUCGUGUCGUUGCUCAGAGGAUAUCUGCUGCUCCGCAUAUGGACUGAUCGAUAAGUGUGCAGAAGGAGAAAUAAUCAGGCUACACCAGUAUGGGACUCCAGCUGCCUUCAUUAUCAGACUGAAUAUAUAUUUAUAUGUAUUUAUUGAUUUAUUUAUUGAUUUCUAGAUGCUCUUUAGGGCUUUCAAAUGAUUAAUUUUAAUAUUGUGGGUCAUCAUCAAAUUUAAAAAGUUAAUUGUGAUUUAACACGUUUCUUAAUUUCUUGGUUAAAAGGUUAUGUCCAAAAUGCAAAGCAGUCAUGAGUGAUGUUUUUAUUUAGGGACUAAGUGAAUGCAGUCAGACAUACUUUACAAUCUUGAGUUAUAAGAUGCACCAACUCUGACUAAAAAGUAGAAAACAACUUAAAAACGCUUCAUUUGCAAACAGGUUAGUGUUCAUUUUUCAAUAUUCAAGGAUUACACUGUUACACAUCAUAAAAUAAGCAGGAGUACACGUAGACGAUGUGCAGCAGGUCUCAAUAAAGGCUUCAAAAGUGCGUUAUGAUGGCAGCAGCUAAACUAUAAUGUGCGAGAGAGACAAAGAGACAAAAUAGCACGUUUAAUAAAAACUUAUGGGCACAUUACUAGGAUUAUUAGGAAAGUGUCUCCUGUACGUUUCUCUUUCCCUCAUAUCAAACAGAAAAACAAAAGUAUUGAAAGAUAAUAGGAGGGAUUUUCUCCCUUCCCUCUCCCUGUUUCCUUUUAAAUUGGAGUUAUCACCUGAGUGAUUGGACAUUACAGGUCAACAAAUCACCAAAAAGCCAAAUCCACAUCAGUAAGUCCACAUUAUCCCACAGUCAAACCAAAAGAUCUCACAAGGUGAAAUCCUCAUUUAUAUGAUUUUUCAUCAGGAUAUCUGUCCAAAACCGUCCCCCGUUUCCAUUACAGCGCACUUUUGUUCAAUAUUAUUAUGUCCUAUUAUCUAGCCUCCUUCUCUGCUCUGAAUGUGUCUUUAUGUUUUAAACUGUCUCGCUCUCGCCACUCUGGGUCAGAUCAGAUCAGACGAAAGAUUCCUCUAAAUGUUUUUAAAAACUGAACGAGCGACCUGGAAAUUGAUUUGUUCGCACAAAAAUAGCGCCUAGAUCUAUCACGACACUUUCCAAACUUGCAUCAACACCUCACUUAACCCUGUGAUGGAUACCUGCAGCAGUUCGGAGGAGGAGGAGGACAAUAAAUGCCAAAGGGAGCAAUUUCACCAUGAUCAGUUUCUUUGAUAACAAGGACUAUCAUAAGAAAAAAAAAAAAGGUUCAGUCAUACUUUAUUGUAACCACUGGAGUGUCCUUGACGCUGGUGUCCAACUAAGUUUUGGAAAUGGGAGAGGACUUUGUAAUUGGGUGUCGCAGAAUCAAUCUUCAUCAUCUGAGGAACUUUUUUUUGUGUGCAGGAUGUCAUCUAAGUCACCGUGUGGGGGUGCAGAGCGAGCUGGCCCUCUUCACAACGCUGUGAAUGAUGGACGGUGGACGGCUUUGUCAUCAAACUGCCGUUAAUCAGAGCAGAGGGACAGCGGGUGAAGUUGUAUAUCUAAUGGUUACAUAUCUCCGGAGAGACAUUAGCGGUUUAUGGCCAUAGGGGGCGAGUGAUAUUUGUCUGGGCUGAUGGAGCGGGCCAGUAAAUCAGAAACGCGGCCUGACUCACUGCACUGACUCUGCAUACUCGAAGGGCAAUCAGAGCUUCUCCACUCUGUAAUUAGACUCCACCGGUCUCAGAUGAGACACUUCGCCGAGACACUCCGCUUUAGAGAAUGUCAUCUGAAAAUCCCGGGGUGAAAUUGAGAGUAAAUUGAAGAGCGCAGAGAUCUUUUCAUGAGGAGAAAAUUACUGUUAGUUUUUGUUUAAUGCGAAGGAUUCUCUGCAUGUGUACUUUUAUUUGUUUGGGCGUCUUCCUCGGUGUGUGUUUGUGUGAGUGUAGCCCAUCAGAGUCAGUGUCUGUGUCAGCAGAAAGACCUGCCCUGUGUAGAGGAAAUGGCCUGGAAAGACGGUAAUAACAUCUCGCUGUUCAUUUUUGUUAUGGAGCUGAUUUCGCUCCCUCGUUUCUGGGUUUUUUUUUUCACUCAUUCUGCGAUAUUUGUCCUCUCUUAAACUGCUCUUCACCCUCUUGUAAACUGCUUUAUUCUCUCUUACCACUCAGCGUUGUGUCUCUCGUGCAGGAGGGCGAGGUGUCGUGGUCGGGCCCAUCGUCAGUCAGUCUCUCUCCGAUGUCUUUUGCGACAAUGAAUAUGGGCCAAACUUCCUGUUCAAGAACAACGGAGAUGGGACUUUUACUGAUGUGGCGCAGCAGGCGGGUAAAGGGAACUGUUUAAUAUCGAUAUCUUUAAAAAGAGUGAUAUUGUCACGGUAAAGAGUUUACCAUAUACCUGUAGGUUUGGAGGACCCCAUGCAGCACGGCAGAGGAGUCGCUCUGGCGGAUUUCAACCGUGAUGGGAAGACAGACAUCGUCUACGGAAACUGGAACGGCCCCCACCGCCUGUACAUGCAGCUGAAUAACCGCAAACAGAAAUUCAAGGUCAGUCCAAAUUCAUUUUCGAGGUAUUAGAUGUUUCACACAAACUUAAAGACACAAAAACAGUCAGAGGUCUGAGGAGUUAAGACGCUUUAAAUGAACUGUCUGAUGAGUUAAAGAUGCACACGCUUGUUCAAAUGAUUUUUACCUAAAAGAAAGAUCCUACCAUAAAUGUGAAUUGUGCACAAAACACACAAAAGAAUUACAUUUAUUCACCCUCUCUGUGUCUCAGUUGAUCAUAUUGACUUAACCCUUUAAUGCCUUUUGUAUCAUAUUUAAAACAUACUUUUAUCAAAUCAAUAUGAUCAACAAGUUAAAAAAAACAAACACUUGAAAACAGUCCGAUAAAUUAUAAAAAUGUCCUUGUGUGGUUUAUCAGUUUCCAAAAACAUCUAUCAAACAAGAUAAAUCAAUAUAUUUGUUAAAUUUUCAGGACGUUUUGAUUUUUUGGGUUUUCAGUCGUCAGUGAAAUAAACAUUUCAGCUUCAAAACAAUUUGAAUUUUCUGGUCAUAAUUUGUGGUUUCAGGCAUUAAAGGGUUAACACUCUAACAAAUAGAAAAUUAAUGUUUCAUACAGAUGUUACACCCCCUGCCCUUUUUUCAAGAUUUUUUUUUUUUUUGGCAUUUUGGCUUUUAUUGAGAUGGAGGACAGAAGAUAGAGCAGAAAAAAUUGGGAAUGAAAUACAGGAAAGAGGCCACAGGGUGGGAUGGAAACCAGGCCACCUGUGUACACGGGGUGCGCCAUAACAUCUAGGCUGUCUGCGUCCUGAAACAGCUCUAUCUUUACCAAAAAAAAUGUCUCCCCACUCUUCCUCUUUCCUUCUUACACAGAAAAACCAGCCUGAUUAACGGCAUAUCAAUCCUGCCUUAAGCAGACUCUGUAAAACGGGCUGUGGACAAAAGCGCGCCAAAAAUAACUGGAAUAUAGGAGCAGAAAAAUUAGCAUUUCAGAAAAGUCCUGAUUUAAACUUUAAAACCUCUGCACAGCAUGCUACGUUCUGUAAAAGUGGUUUGGUUUUGGAGAAGACUGGAAACAAUCAGAUGUAACUUUCCUAUGAUUUCUCUUUCAUGAAUCACUGUGACCUUUUUUUCUUCACCGUCAAAUCCUCGCUCUGAUCAGCGCCACAGCCUUUGUUUGUGCUUUCUCUGUGGUAGAAAGUAUCCCAUUUAAAAUCAGAUCAGAGUACCGUCUGUGGAUAUUCCAGAGUAAUUACUACUUAUUGAUUAACUUCAGCCUUUGAUUAGCCCAUCAGAUCAGGCACAGCAGAUGAUGAAGGACAGCUGUAGAGCGAGGCUGUUUUUCUUUCCCCUCCUCUCUCUCUCUAUAGAAUCAAUGUCUAAUGAACAGGCAGCACAGAGACAGCAGAUCCCACUCAUUAACUCUGUGAAUCACACAGUUAUCUACGCUAACACUCGGCUAGUGAGUUAGCUCCGCUCAGUUGCUGGCCAGCUUUAGGAUAGAGUUGGAUUUAAAGGCAGAUGGGCAGUGAUUUACUGAAUCGACGACUACGGACAAGUCCUCUGAGACAGCCUACAGUGUGAGUGUGUUUGUGUAGUAGUGUGUGAGAGAGAGAGAGAGACGCUGUGUUGUGUGUAAAUCUGCAGAGGUUUCGGGCUCAGUGAUCUAUCUCUCAACACCUGCGGCUGCAUUUUUUACCAAAGAGAUAAACGUCACAGGAGACAUCUUUAUAGGGGUCAAAGAAGGGGUUAAUGUGUGAUGCUUAGCCCAGAGACAGUUCCAUCAGCCUGACACACACACACACAGAACAGAACCACACACACAAACACACAGAAGACAAAUUGAAUUAACUAGCCAAUGUUUUUUAAACCGAGAUUGUUAAAUCACAAACCCACAACAACACGUUUAAGACCCUUUCCCCCGCCACGCGCUGACUCUCCCACUCGCCGUGUUGACCUUUGGCAUGCAUAAUGAAGCCGUUGUAUCACUCCAGUAAACCGCUAAUUAAAUUGGGCUGAAACAGCAGCUUGCCUGGGUGGUGGAAAGUGCCGAUUAGGCCCGUUUGAGCUUUAAUUAAAAUCUAGUGCUGAGGUUUUUCUUGCAAUAGGUUUAACAAGCACGCACACACUCACUGAACACACAAACAGCUAAUACAUAUUUAAAAAGAUGGAAAAGGUCUGGCUAAAAAAGUAUGAGGUGGUGAAGUUCAGCAGAGAAACUUCAUUAUAAGUCUGGUCUCUGUAAUUAGUACCAUUAUUUUCACUGAGCAAACUUUGCUAAUAAAGUCAAUGUAAUGUAAUAAAUCUGUCGAUUCAAGACCUUAGAAAACUGCGGGCUUAUUUGAAAUCAAAACAUGUAAUCAGGUGCAACCCGACCUUUAAUUACCAAAGUCUAACAUUCAGGUCCAAGAUUAAGUAAUUCCAAAUAUAUUCUGAUUGUAUCCACACGAAAACUCGAAGGUGAUGCAGUACAAGUAAAUAAAAGCUCCUCCAUAACUGGGCAACAGAUGCAGUAGGUGUAAAAUGAUUUAUUUGUUAAAACAGACCUCUCAUUCCUGUGGUACCGCCAUGAUCCACCAGGGGGCAUGACCCAUAAUCACAUAAUCAGUGUUAUUUAUAUUUUUGAUUCAGUUUUUAAAUAAUUAAUCGUCAUUUGUUUACAGGUUGCUUCUCAUGUAGGUAAAAAAGGCUCAUUAUAAAUUAAUACAAACAUUUUUAGACUCAUUUAAAAAUACCCAUGAGUUUGGGAUUUUGAGUCCGGCCCGCUAAAUGCUCCUAAAUCACACACUGUACCUUUAAAAUCAGAGGUAGAGCUGAGUUAAAGGUGAGGUAGGCAGGAUUCCGUUAAAGAAGCAUGUUUUUUGUGGUGUAUUUACAAAAAAGCUUUUAACAUUGGUCAAUUAUUAGUUAUUGAUGACAUUUGAUAAUAUAAUGAUAUCGCUGUGUUCUUUUAUGUCUGUGUAGUCAAAAUUUUACAUUUUUUGAGUUUUAAUUAAUUUGACUGGAACAAUACGAGUGAGCAGGAGCGUCUGAUUGGUUGUCCCCCGUGUCGUUCGCGAGCCCAAACAAAAGUUAGCGUGCUACAAUAUCGGACAGUAGAAACCAACCAGAAAGUUUGGAAAAUUGUCUGAAUCCUCCUUUAGCCACGACUGCCAACACAAGCAAGAAAACAAAGUAAAUAUCAGAGACUCUGGUGGAAUAACGGGCGCUUAAAACAGAGGUAGACCGGACAAGAGCUAAAAAGCUGGGUCAACAUAAAUAAACGAUAGGGAACACUUCUGGAUCUUGGUGACCCGGCUGGACAGGUAAACCGCUUUAACAAAGUAAGCCAAGUGUCUGUAACAGAAGUGUUUCUUGUCAAACGGACCUGCUGUAGCGUGUUGUAGCGCCAUCGCUAAACUGUUGACCUCGGGUCCUGGACUAUGUCACUUUAUCCUAGUUGUAGAAGUCCUGCAAACAUUGUGUUUGCUGGUAGUCUGUUGGCAUCUACAGUAGCACCAAUGCUUUUGACUUUCACCUUGACUGGGCCCCAUUUGUAAUUAUCUCAAGUAUUUAUCUGCAUUAUAUCUGAAUUUAAUUGGAACGAUACGAUCGAGCAGGAGUGUCUGUUUGUGGGCGGGGCUUGCUGGAGCAGAGAGGGAGGGGAGAGGAGGAGCUGAGGGGAAAACUGGUUGGGAGGGGUAGAGUUUACAUUCAAGAUUUGACUACCCCACCUUUAAGUGUGGAUGUUGAAGUCCGUCUCAACUCUUUUUAUGGUUAACUUGAGGUUGUGUCACCGUUUCCAAUAUGGCGACUGUUGCUGAUAGACUUUCUAAACUGUCAUUUCAAGAUAAAUGAGGGACACUGCAGAGACUACAUCCACUUGUUAUACACUCUGUGGCAUAAUACAGCACCAAGUACACGAUAGUCACUGAACACAUGAAUAAUCUCAGUUACAGUGUUUGUGUAGAAUUAAAGUUAUUGCCUCAUAAAAAAGUCAACAAAGUCAACCUAAAAUAAUAUUUUUCCUCAUUAGUUAAAAAAACUUUAAUUGUCUCAUUUCUUGUGCAGGACAAACCAACAAAAGUUUAAAAUAGUUGCCCUUUUUUUUAAAUUAGAAAAACUUUAUUAACAAUUUUUUUGGGUGUAAGUCCCGUUCAUUUUCAUUUCAGCUCUUCUCGUAAUACAGUAAAUUAGGAUGAGUCCCUCCCUUCCUCCUGGCCUCAGCUGGCUAUCCCCUCUCCUUCACCUGAGAAGCAGAAGGUCACUGUGAAUCCCCGUCCCCCUCCCCUGCAGCUUUAUGAGCCUUAUAAUUAAAACAGGGAGUAAAUAGUGGGGGGAGUGAAGGGCUGCUCUAUAACUCUUCCCGACUUAUCACUGUGUCACUGGAGCGGGGAGAUAUCUGUUACUUUCUCGUGCAAAAACUCCUUUGCUGAGAGGACUUUUAGUUUUUUAAAGAAGGAGAGCUGCAGUCUUCUUCUCUGGUGCCAGAGGAUGGAGUACAGUAGAAGGACGCAGUUCCUACCUUCAUGCUUUAGUCAGGGUGACUUAUAGUGAGUGAUGACAGAUCAGUGUCUGACUCAAGGACUCGACGCUGAUUAUUGAUGCUCGUUUGUUGUGGGAACCGAACAUGUGACCUUCAGGAACCUCACUAUUUAUUGGCUCAGUUAACGGCACAGACCAACAUGUUGGACUCAACACCUACAGAGAGCUGCCUGUUAUAACCGGCUCUGGUCGUAACACUCUCUCUUUCUUGUAACAGCAUCAUCCUCUGACUUGAAUCUUCUACCGAUCAAACUUUAUUUCUUACUGCAUCAUUGUGUCCCUUUAAGUCCAGUGAAAAAUGAAGCAGAGAAGGACAAGAUAAAUAAACUUUGUGUACUUCCUAUUUUCUAAAGAAAGACAAAAAUAUUUUGGUUGUAAAAAAAUGUAGAAUGUGUAAUCAUUGACAUAAAGAGUUACGGUGAGGGAGAUUUAACGUGUUUUAUGACUGAAAUGAUAGAAAAACUUCAAGUUCAAAGUGUAUAUCUGGAUUAUUACAACAUGGUCCUCAUUUUAGCUCUGAGACAAGUCACAAUCUUUAGUGCCUAAAGAAUUGAAGAAAACUCCUCCACACUUUCAAACUGUCAAAAAUACAUUAAUUUUGCAAAGUUUCAACUCCCAAAUAUAACCCAGAAGUGUUAUUUUGAAGGACAGCAUGCAACUUUGAUAAACUGGGUUCUUUUCUUCUCCUCUGUCUUGUGAAAUAUUACAUAUUUUUAUACAUUUGCAAGUAAAAAUUAAAGACUUGACUGCAUGCCAAGUAAAGCAACAACAACAGUAAGUAUGAGUAGAGGUCCAGCCCCUGACAAGGACAACCAAUUAUAUCUUAAGAUUCUGGGGUGGCUGUGAGGUGGUUAGUCAGGUGUCAAGGAGGGUCCUAGCCUCCACUUGUAACCCCUCUGGACGCUCCCCUGAUUACAGGGUGCUGUGGACAUGCAGUUACAUUAAAGAGGCUGCACAUGGGCAGAUACCCUGGAAAUUUGGGGGUUCUGUGUCGUACUCAAGAGGACAUUGGCAGUGCCUAAGAAGUGCACUGUCAGGUACAAACUCGUGCUUGUGUCUUGAGACUUAAAGGAAUAUUCUGGUGUAAAAUUAAUUUAGGGUCAAACACAUCGUAAUGCCGAUUUAGACACCCCCUCCAGAGAUGAAUGUUGCCGACCACUUGCUUCUCUAGGUAUACCAACUUUAGUAACGACCAUAGGAUAGUAAUACACAGCGCAACCAAAACGCCACUCUAUAGCCACAAAUAAUGCUCAGAACAGCACCUAACUUCAUCCACAAGACAUAUAGGGUCCCAGCCAUAGUACUAGACACCAAACAUCUUUUAACUUUGACUAAUUUCUUUAGCAAAGAGACUAAACACAACUCACCCACUCUCUUCCAGCACCCGCUUGUUUGUAGCGAGACGCAGCUCAAGGAAGAACAUCUAUGAUCAUUUCUUUAUCAUUUCCUUGAAGUAAUAAUCAGCAUAUUAUAUAUCAAUCACCAUACCAUAUUAAUCUGCGUCACCCCGCUGAGAUCUCCGUGCAAACAAGCGGCUGCUGGAAGAGAGUAGGUGAGUUGUGUAUUGCUAUUGAGCGGUCGUUACUAGAGUUGGUGUAACUAGAGAAUCAAGCGGUCUACAACAUUCAUCUCUUGAGGGGGUGUCUAACUCUGUGUUGUGGUGUAUUUGACCCCAAAUUAAUUUUACGCCGGAUUAUCCCUUUGAACCUGUGACCCUUGGGUUGCCGUGCCAUGUCUCUAAAGACUGAACUACUUUUUGGCCGCCCUGCACUUUCUAAAAGUUUCUCUCAACUUAAAAAAGUGUCUGUUUUUUUUUCUCUCUCUCUUAGGACAUAGCCUCCCAGAAGUUUUCCAUGCCAUCACCUGUUCGCACUGUUAUCACCGCUGACUUUGACAAUGACAACGAACUGGAGGUCUUCUUCAACAACAUCGCCUACAGGGGUCCCUCUGCCAACAGGCUCUUUAGGUACACACACAAACACACACAUACACACUCUCUUGUAUAAUCGCACACAAGUAUUAUGUUAAAUUUAAAGAGCAAUUUGUUGAUGAGCUCAACAGACUGCUCCUGUGCUUUGAUUUAAUAUUCUCAAACUUGGCUUUGGAGCUGAGAAGAAUUUUAAAUUCCCAGCCGAGGAUACUUAUCUAGUCUGGCAUCCCGCCUCCUCCUCCACACAUGGAUGAAUCUUUCAUUAAGACAGUUUUAGGUCUCUUUUUGGCUGACGGUUUGGCUUCCUCUCAAGAUAAUAUUAAUGAACUCCGCUCUCAAAAUGCAAAACAUGAUACAUAUCUAUUGUUAAGGCUUAAUAGUAGAAUAAACCCGUCCUGUCUGAAUAAAAAAUCUGAUCUGGCGUGUUUUCCUGAACAGGAUGCAUAAGUCAUGACUAAUGUUGCCAUGAGCUGGUGGGUCAAUUCAUCCUGAAUAUCAAUAAUCAGUGUAAGCCCCAGAGAUUUCCUCGGAUCAGAAUAUUCCUGAACGCCAGGUCAUUGGAGGAGAAUUUGUCUUCCUGCACACGAUGAAGGACUGACAGGGGUCACUGCCCCACAGCUCGUGGCUCCACCAUUGUCUAGUAUGAAGAUGAAUCAGCUCAUUUAAAUCUGCUCUCUGGCGCAGAAGAGACAAGCUUCAACUAUUGUGCCUUAGAUAAUUAAUUCAAUACAACUAAUCGAUAAAAAGCUGAGCAGGGGGGUUUAUCAGCCAAGAUCAGCACAUUAAUGCGCUGUGAAAUGUAGUUAUGACUUUAGAAAAGUGAGGUAUGAAGCAGAGGAGGUGCUUCGUCAUCACAGGUGCUGUUAGUGUAGCGAGGAUUCUUCCCUCUCACUUCGAACAUCAUAUUCCUGCAGACAUUCAAGUCCCUCUGGUUACUGGGUACAUUUUAAAAUGACAAGUUUUGAGCAGAGUAAAUAAAUCAUAAACGCAUACAAUUAUUUUAUAUUUAGUUUUGUAAGCACACACUGUCAGUGCGUACUGUUGAUAGUUUAAGAUGGGGAAAUGUGUCUGCUGUAAAAGGAGGAAAGUCUGCUUCAUUCGUCUCAAAGAGAAGUGUUGCACAAAAAAGUUGUACAAAAUAGUUUAGGACUCAUUGAAAAGGUUUCCUAUUUCAAUAAGAAAUCCCACCUGCUCUUUAAAUUGUGCAUCAUUUGUCUUGAUAAAAUUUAUUGUGUUUAAACUACGCCAACUAUUACAUUUCACUGCAGUGUUUUAAUCCAACGCUUGGUGCAAAGUAUAUAGGCCCAUAGUGUACAGGCGGCAAAUGAAGUAUUAAAAUACUUUAAUUCAAUAAUAAUAACAACAACAAUAAUAAUUAUAAUAAUAAUUUAAAAAUACUCUGUCCUGAUUAAAAAUCUAUCAAUAAUUCCACUUAAAUAAAAAUACAGCAGAUCAAUUUGACCAUUCAUUUGAUCAUUCAUGACCCAAGUCAUGCUUUGUACAAGGAAUUCAUACUACUGCCAUCAGGCAGACGAUACAAGGAGCCACCAUGGAGGCUUAAUAGGUUUAAGCUCUCAUUUGUCCCGUUAGCAGUCAAAGCACUUAAUAACAGAUAACUAGAACAGCACAGUACUGGUAAAUGCGGUACCACACCAUUGUAAUGAAUUUUUUUUUUCCUCACUGUAUGUAUUGUCUGCUCACCACGGUGUAUGAAUUGAACUUGGAUUGGUGUAUGGUGUAUGAAUUGUAUGUCCAACAAUGCUGUACCUUGUAAGCCCAAGACAAAUUUCUCCUUGGAGACAAAUGAAGGAAUUGAUUGAUUGAUUGAUUGAUUGAUUGACCAUAAGUACCUUAUUGAGAUAAUAUCAUCACUCCUACUGUAUUUUAAUAUUGAUGCUAGUGAAGAACAGAGAUCAGUUUUCAUUUAGGUGAAAAGUGGGUUUGUAGGUUCUCUGUAGGUCUUUACUGAAGGUUCUUGAGGUCUAUAUUUGUUUUUACACACUGCAGUUAAGUCAGAUCUAAUCGAAUCGAAUGUUAAGUACUUAGAAAGUGUGAAAAGAGUAAAUUUAAUACCAAUACAAUUAUUAUAUAGAAGUGUAAAGUAGCAUGUCAUGGAAGGUACAAUAAAACUGAGCUCAAUAAUUCACCUGUGCUGCAUAAAGAGGUUCUUGUAUGAGUGUUUAAUAGUGACUUUACAGGUAACUGUUGUGUUGUUGGUUUGCAGGGUGAGCAGGAGAGAACAUGGAGACCCUCAGAUAGAAGAGCUGAACGUCGGAGAGGCUUCAGAGCCUGACGGAAGAGGAACCGGUAACUGUCUUUAAACUGAGUAUGAACAAUGAUAAGAACCUGCUAUUCCUACAUUCACCUUUAGGUGGCAGCAGAGCUCCACUUGCUGACUGAAGUCCCUCCUGAGCUUUAAUGUUCCACAUAAUCAGUUAUAUGACAGUCUGUGUUCCCUGUGUGAAGAUAAUAAGUGUUACGUAGGCUAUUACCUGCCGUGUUUACUUGCAUCAUUACUGUGAUGGCUCUGCAGGAGCUGUAGCCACAGACUUUGAUGGUGAUGGCCGUCUGGAGCUGCUGGUGUCUCAUGGUGAAAGUGCAGCCCAGCCGCUCUCUAUUUACAAAGUCAACCUGGUGAGUAUUUGUGUAAGUACAAGCUGAUGAUUGUCGCCAAACCCUCUUUAUGAUCAUCGCCUCUGUCUGUCUGUCUCAGGGCACCACUAACGCCUGGCUGCGAGUGAUCCCCAGGACCAAGUUUGGGGCUUUCGCCAGAGGAGCCAAAGUGGUGCUGUACACGAAAAAGAGUGGCCCACACACACGCAUCAUUGACGGAGGCUCUGGGUAUCUGUGUGAGAUGGAGCCCGUCGCACACUUUGGCCUCGGUAAAUAUGGAGAAGACGACAUACUGAGGGUAGCAGUGAUGGUUUCAGUAUCCCCGCUCUCUGGGGAGUUUGGCUGCAGGAUAGUGUUGGAUGGACAAAGCGGGGACAGAUGCUGCAGCUGGAAGCAGCUCCAUGACUCCCUCUGCCCUAUGAAGGGCUUUCAGCUGGUGGUCCCCCAGGACUCGUGGCUAACCCUUUGCUGCUCCGUCUCCCUGCUCACUGAGCCCGGUCUGUUCUGAAGAGACUCAAUUUUAAUGCCUGAUUACUCACAGGCACUUCAGGAGCAAAUUUUCCACAGGAUCGUUGCUUCAGAACAGACCUCCUCUCUUUAAAGUCCUCUCCACCAGUAGACACAUGAAAUACACUCCUCGGCGCAGCACUAAAUGAGGAGGUGUCAGUCGGGUGCAGAACAGGUGAAUUAUUCUUUGGCUCCCUGGCAGCACACCUGCCCAGUGGAUCACAGGCUGGCAACAUAACUCAAGAUCUGUUUACAUUAGAAAUGCCACUUUAAUUAAGACUGCAGAGGCCCUCUGGAGAGGGGCUUUCUCUCUGCCUGAUUAAAGUAGUUAAUGGAAAGAGAAGAAGAAGAGAGUGCCGCUCAGUCUCUCAUGAAAAAUGGAGGAAAGAACAAAGCCUGAUUUAAUAACCUGAGAUAAUCGACAGCGUUUACAAGGCUGUGAACCCUCAACAAUCACUAAUGUCCCUGUUCCUGUGCUGUGUCUAACCAGGAAAGGAUGUCGCCACCAACGUGGAGGUGUACUGGCCAGACGGUCGAUCAUCGGCCCGUCCUCUUGAACCUUCAGACAUCAACACAGUAUUGGAGAUCUACUACCCGAGAGACGAGGAUGAAGUCACUCCUACUGCAGAGAUAGAGGUACAGCAGUGUGUCAAAGCAGAUUACACACUAAUGAGCUUCCAAGCAAGUAACUCUUGGAUCAUUAUCCUGAAAUGAUCAAGUGCAAAAGACUGGAAAGAGACAUUUUCAAAGAACUUGAUUUGAUAGUUAAUAUGCAGCCGCUUGCAGGAGUCCUUUGCUUUUAGUCAGAUGACCGUAUGCAAACUUGGGGUGGUCGUAUAUCCGCACAGCAUGACUGCACAUCCUGCACAGAAAGUGGGAGGAAUGUGGAGAUAAUUAGGACUCAGCAGCUCAGUUUCUGACACGGUCUAACUUUUACACGAUCAAAAACUCAAACAUGAAAUAUAAGAAAGGUCCUACAGAUCAGUAACAAUUUUCAGCUGCAUAUAACACAGACUGAAAUAAAUACUGAUGUCUUUUUAUGAGCUACAAACCAGAAAAUCAGCAUAGAGAUUGUCUCGGUCAUAUUUACACCCUGCUCUUCGUUUAUCUGUGCUGUAUUUCCUCGCUCAUUUUUGUCCAUGAGGAGAUUUAAGUAGCUCAAGAUAGACUCAUAUUAGUGUUAGAGGUAAUGACACAAUAAAAAAAUCAAUGCUGUCACAAAUUUCAGCAUUUAAACGACUUAUUUAAAACCAAUACAUGAUCCUUGGAAUCAGCAACAUAAUAAUCUGAACCUCAUUUACACUGAUACUCCUCACCCUCUCUAGGACUGUGCCAAGAUCUGAUUAAUUUAAUAUUUAUGGAUUAAAUCAUUUAAUCCUCAUUAAACCUUUUAUUGGACUCGUGUGCCAGAGGGAUUGGAGCAUUGUCUGAAAGAAAGCGAGGAGUCUUAGGAGCGAGGGAGAUGUUUCAUUUCAGGAUUUUAAUAUGCUGAUUUGAAAGUCUUGGGGCACAGGUGGCUCUAAAUCCAUUUAUUACCCACGUGUUCUUCGAUCUAUCUCUGAAUCUGUUUUUUUUUUAUCCAAGAUAGGAACCUGUCUUUAAAGCAUGAAAAUACACCUUUCUGAUUCAAGAUUCUUCUCGUUUCUGAUGAUGUCUUUCAGUGUGGUCAGGGAUUCGCUCUGAAUGAGAACGGCCGCUGCACAGGUGAGUUGUAUAAAUACUUGUGAGAGACGACCCCUCUUCGUUUGCGUCAAACAAAAUGUGUCUUUCCUCCCCCUCUCGCCUCCCCGUCCCUCAGAUGAAGACGAGUGUACCCAGUUUCCCUCUGUGUGCCCCUCCGACCGCCCCGUCUGCACCAACACCUACGGCAGCUAUAAGUGCCGCGCCAAGAGGAGAUGCAACCAGGGCUUUGAGCCCAACGACGAUGGUUCUGCCUGUGUGGGUGAGUGGUCCUGGCAGAGUCAGGGUAGACUUAGCUGGAUUAUUGAGAUCAGUGGGGAACAAAAGAAGCACUGCUGGAGAAGGAGAUGCCCUAAGCUGCCUUAAUUACUCCGCUUUUUGAAUAAAGGCUUAGAGGUGCUAACAUUCCUCUGGCCGUGUCCCCUCUCUGCACCCUGCUGUCUUGCAUGACUACCUCCCUCAUGUGAGCGCACUCUCUUUCAGCCAUUAAAGCCUCGAAAAGAAAAUAUGCAGAUAUGAAAUCAAAGAUAAGAGUCUUCGAUGAACCUCAUUAUUGAUGGAUAACUGAGAGUAAAAGCAGCUCAACAGCUGGUUAGAGUGUUUCGCAUUUUGACUAACAUCUGCCCGGCUCAUCUGCAGAGUCACGGCUCAUGAGACAGUCUGUCUGGUUCGGUUUUUCUGUGUUUGUGUUACCUGAUUCAGAAUCAGAACCCUGCUGACUGAAAACUAGUCAUCUGAACUGGCCUUGGGUUGUUGAGUUUCCAAAGUGCUUGCCAUGACUUGUCAGAGUUGGGAGGUAUCUGUUAUUUGGGCCGUGACUCCAAACUGCCAGUCUCUUUGUUUGCAUUUCGAAGCGGCACACUUCCCAAUUUUUUUUACUUUUAAUUAGUGCUGACAUUUUUUGGGGGGAGCUUAAAAAAGUCAGAAAAUAAAUUUGGCAAUGUAAAUGUUUCAACUUUUCUCUGUUUUUCAAAGUUUUUCAAGUUAAAAUAUACACCGGAUUAAAUUGUUGAUGAGUAGAUAUGAUUGAAACAGAGAGGCUGAAUACUGUGUUUGCAGACACAUACUUUAUGCCACCCCUGCAUCAGUCAGUGUCCUUGUUUGGCCACUCUAGUCAAUAGAGUCUGGAUCAGCCUCUGGCUAUCCAUCUCACUGCACUAACACAUGCAUCAGCAGCUUCGUAUUUAAAGCUCUGAAUGAAACGACGGCCCUGCAGCGAAUCACUACAACUAAACUCGGUGGGAUAGUUGGGUUUAGGUGAAUAAACUGAACUCAGAGGUAACAAAAUCAGUAGACCACUAUAUCAUGUGAUAUGGAACUAUAUGAUCCCAUACUAGCUCCACAAUAAUGAUAAUAUCUACAGGGUUUUAAAGGGAUGUUCCGGCAUAAAAUUAAUCCAGGGUCAAACACACCGACUUUUUCCUUUCUCUAAAUUUUUUCUCAAUUAUUACAUUUAUUUAAGGUCUUAAUACUACGAUCUUUAUUUUUAUAACUGCAUUUUUGCACUCUUUGUCUGUGAUGCUGCUGUGACAAAAAAAUUUCCCCCAUGGGAGAUCAAUAAAGGAAUAUUCUAUUCUAUUCUAUUCUAUUCUAUUCUAGACACCCCGAGAGAUGAAUGUUGCUGACUGCUUACUUCUCUAGUUAUACCAACUUUAGUAAAGACCGCACGAUAGCAAUGCACAGCAGUCUGAGGAGCCAUUAACAAACCUCACCCAAAACGCCACUCUAUAGCCACAAAUAAUGCUCAGAACAGCACCUAACUUCAUCAACAGGACAUAUAGGGUCCCAGCCAUAGUACUAGACACCAAACAGAUUUUCAAUAAACUAAUUAUCAAUAAACUGAGGAGUACCUGACACAUCAAACCCCAUGUCAUUUGAUUGACAAGCAGCUAGCACAUCACUGUCAUCUUCUGGUAUUAUGCAAAAUCAAUACCAAGAUCGGGUAAGAAGAUGAUUGUAUCAUAUAAACCAGGACAUUGAUUUAUUCAGACACUACAUUGUGCACUGAAUUUCUUUUUCCUUUGACUCUGCUGGUUGGCUAACUCUUCUUUUGUUUUACGUCUCUCUCUGCAGCUCAGGUGGCUUACUUUGGGGAUACACGGUCUUCAGGAGAACCCAAGUGGUCAGGUUUUUCCCUGUGGUGGCUGUCAGUCGUCUCUGUCCUGCCCUCCAUCUCUACCCAUCUGCAGAUCGAGCUGCUGUAGCGGCUGCUGUCUUUACCCAAUCCCAUCUCUCUCCACUCCUUCACGGGGAUGUACAGAAACUCUUGGAGAAAACUUUUCACCCCUCCUUCUGUCCUGUGGACUUUUAUCUUUUUUCCAGUAUUUAUUUACAGUCUCGUCCUCUCCUCACCGCUGCUAUGUGUCACCUCUUGGCUCCCGGCCCCCUCUGAACUAUAAAGACACACACAGGGAGCAUGCUCGCUGGGAGCUACAGGGUUCAGAACUCACUGUGUCACACCCGCAGAGCCCUCACGUCAUCGCCUGGCACUUAUCUUAGUGGGACCUGAAUCGAGGCCAAGACAAUGAGUGGAGCUGCAGCACAUAAACCUCUGCACAUACAGCAGACGGAUCUACUGGCUGCACAGACCACAGUCAUUAGAGACACGCUGAGGCCCCAUCUGUAUCUAAACAAUGCCACUGUGUUAAUCCUUACAAUGUCACUCGCAUUCUUAUUAUGGGCUAACUGGGAUGUCGAGAAAAGCCAGGUCUCCAAGCUUUAGGUUUUGUGUUUGUUUUUAUGUGUGUGUGUAUCUGCGUGUGAGUGUUUGCUGUGUCCAAAAACGCAGUUGGGUAGAGGAGCAUAUGCCAGACCAUCUGUCUCCAAUGGUUGGUAAUAUCUUGUUGCCUAUGAAUAGCACAACAGCGUAGUAGUGAGGAAUACUAACACACGUGUUUGUGAGUGAGAGCACAAAAACAGGCAGGAGCUAAUUACAUUUUUUUAAAGAACAGAAAGCAGAAGGUGAACUUGAACCUGUUAUAAUUGACUUGGCAGUUUUAUAAUUACUCACAACUUCAAGAGAAAGUUUUAAAAAGACAUAGGAUUACAAUAUUUAUCUUUAUCCUCCUUUUCAUCAUCGCUUAACCAUGAAAGAAAAAGUGAAUUAAAUUGAAAAUUGUGAUAAAAUAACCUGCAGAGUAUUGGAUCUAUGUCGGGUCUGAUCGCUUUUCAGGAACAUAGUCACAUGCAUCUGAGGACAGUCUCUAUAGUCUCAUACAUAUUAUAAUCCUGCAGCAGGGCCGCAAUGAAGUCAUACCGCCACUACAACUUCUUACUCACAGUCAACCCUGCAGUGGCGUUGCAGAGGUGUGAGCGGCACGGCUCAUAAACACACUGGCAAGAACAUCACAUACACAAACAGAGCUGUCCUGCCCUGCUAGCUCAGCUGUUACUCUAUCAUCUGACCUUACACAUUUGUUACCUCUGA